AUGGCUCUCAUCGACAGAGUCCCAGGCGACCUGAACCUGUACAUUGGCGGCAUCUUCACUUUGCGACGGCGCGAGGCCCUCGAGCAAGCCAAGAUCACGCACGUCUUGUCGGUAUUACGCACCCCGUCAGAUCAGAGUCUAUUCAGCCCCUUCAAGCACAUGGUCGUCGAGGUCGACGACGUCGAUGACGAGAAUCUAUUGGAGCAUUUCCCUGCCACGAACGCCUUUAUACGCGAGGGGCUCAAGGGAGGUGGCGGAGUCUUGGUGCAUUGGUAA